AGAGUCCGGGGAAAAAACCCUCCUUCCUACUCUGUACUCUAGAAAUACAAAUAGACAAUGGGAGACGUAAACCUUAACUAGAUAUUUGUGGGUGAUCUUAAGUAAGGUAGACUUGUACACUGUUUCUUUUGGGAAGCUGUCCAUGGAAUGCGACUCUAGCAUUAAUCAAUUCGAAGGAUAUCUGCUUUGGGGACUUGCAAAAGCAUAGAUAAACUCAAUCGGUGGAUGUGUCGGUGAGAAGCCGCCAAUUUAUUUCCUUAAAUCUACAGCAGAGGAGAGAAAUAAGGGUGUCUUAUUUGGAGAAAUUUGAGAGCUUUCAGAGCAGUUUUUCGUAGUUAGGGUGAAGGAUUUGGCUUCAUUUCAGGGAGAUAUUUGUAGACAUCCAUCUUACUUUGUUUGAAACCUCACUAGUUUGAGUUGUCAGUGAGUGACAGCUCUGAAUAGAACCCAAUUUGCAGCUGCCCCGCCUCCUUGUCUUGGGGAUAUCCCUGAAAGCAUAGAGGAGCGGGUAGGUUUAAACUCAGCAUCUUGCUGCAUCCUAGGAAACGGCUUGGUUAAUGGGGAAAAGAGAAGACAGCUUCCCAGGGGGAAGGGCUAGCUACUUAUAAGGCAUAGUCCCUAUUUCUUGGGAGAAAAUUCGGCUGAGGGAAAGAGGCAUGGAUGACGGAGGGAAAGAAAACAGGUUAGCACGCCUAGUGGGAAAUUAUGCACUCCAUUGGGAAGUUAGGGACUGUAUGUCGCACUCCGAAGUAGAUCAACAGAUUCCCUAGGAGAUCACUAGGAGGGGAACCUAGGGGGCAAAGUUUGGCUCUAUUACCAAACCCUUCCUUCCUUCCGAUGGGGAUGAAGGUAUAGGGGUGUUUCAGGACAGAGGCAGGCAGUGUUCCCUCUAGGUAAAAAGUUACAAGCAGCAACAGGAGCAGACUCCAGAGACUGCAGUCACUACUUUGGCGUGUCUGGGCGUGACCAACUCCACUGGUAACUCCCCAUCUUCCUAAUCCUCCCCUCCGGUCAUUUCCCAUUGGCUACGACUAACACCAAUGAGCAUCUAGACUGAGGUCCUACCCCAAGGCUGACGCAGGAGCUGCUGCCAAAACUUUGAUAGUUUUUAGAGAAGUUUUUUUUUUUAAAUUAUAAUUGUUACUGUUGUUUUAAAUUUAGCUGUUAGGGUUUAGUUGUUUUGGUUUUUCAUUUUUACAUCCCUCUACUUCUUUUCUCUAUACUCUUCCCGAGAGCCGUGUGUGUGUGUGUGUGUGUGUGUGUGUGUGUUGGAGGUUGGGGGGGGACAGUCCCCCUGCCACCGCCCCCGCGGACCCGCAUCUCCCCACCUCCCAGCGGCCCCUCACUCGCCUUCGACCAGCGGGGAGCACGGCAGCGCAAAGCUGUCCUUAAAGUGGGUGGAGAAGCUGUGGGGGGUAAGGAAAGUGAUUGGGACUGGAGCCUGGCCCUAGCCUCCGGCUUGCGAAGUUUCCGUGUCUUCCAGUCUUCACUUGGAGGAGAAGCGAAAGCUGUUAGUUUUUUGUCCGGAUUCUCUGGCCUCCAGUAGACAGCGCCACCACUGCACCCCACCCCUCUCUACCCAACUCAAUCCUUGGCUGCCGGCGCUGUAGCGGAGGCAGCGGCCAGCAAGCGAGGAUGUUCGCGGCAGGGCUGGCUCCCUUCUACGCCUCCAACUUCAGCCUCUGGUCCGCGGCUUACUGCUCCCCGGCCAGCGCAGCAGGCUGUUCCUUCCCUCUGGAUCCAGCCGCCGUCAAGAAACCCUCCUUUUGCAUUGCAGACAUCCUGCACGCGGGUGUCGGGGAGCCGGGGGCAGCGGCCGAGAGCCUCUCCGGGGGCUCCUCCACAGCCCUAACGGCUCACUUGGGCUCAGUUCAUCCCCACGCUCCAUUUCAAGCUGCAGCUGGGUCCCCCUUGCGACCCACUCCAGUGGUGGCGCCCCCCGAAGUCCCAACCGCCUUCCCCCAGAGGCUGUCUCCACUCUCGGCCGCCUAUCACCACCACCAUCAUCACCAGCAGCCACAGCAGCAGCAGCAGCAGCAGCAGCAGCAGCAGCAACAGCAGCAGCAACAGCAGCAGCAGCAGCAGGCGCCGCCGCCGCCUCCGCCACCACCACCACCACCACUACAUCGGCCUGGGGCCAUUCAGCCCCAAGCCCCCGGGGCGAGGAUGCUUGCUAACCCUCAUCACCAUAGCGGCUCAACUCCAGCCCCCUCCAGCAAGGACCUCAAGUUUGGGAUUGACCGAAUAUUGUCGGCGGAAUUCGAUCCGAAAGUGAAGGAAGGCAACACGUUGAGAGAUCUUACCUCCUUACUAACCACCGGCCGGCAAACUGGUCUUCACCUCCCCGCUUUGCAGCCUUCUGCGGGCCACUUCUUCGCGUCUCUAGAUCCUAUUAACGAGGCCUCUGGUAUCCUGAGUCCCUUAAACUCAAACCCACGAAGUUCAGUUCAGCACCAGUUUCAAGACACUUUUCCAGGUCCCUAUGCGGUUCUAACGAAGGACACCAUGCCCCAAACAUACAAGAGAAAGCGUUCUUGGUCUCGCGCGGUUUUUUCCAACCUGCAGAGGAAAGGUUUGGAGAAAAGGUUUGAGAUUCAGAAGUAUGUCACGAAGCCGGAUAGGAAGCAGCUAGCCGCGAUGCUGGGCCUGACAGAUGCGCAAGUCAAGGUGUGGUUCCAGAACAGGAGAAUGAAGUGGCGCCACUCCAAGGAAGCACAGGCCCAGAAAGACAAAGAGAAGGACCCGACGGAGAAGCAGGCCGGCGUUGCUCCGACUGCCGAAUGUGAGAGAGAGGACAGGAGCCCCAGCCGGUCUGAAGGAGAGAGCGAGAGCAGCGAUUCGGAGUCCCUGGACAUGGUCCCCAGCGACACGGAAAGGACUGAGGGGACUGAGCAGCUCUUACACCAGACCAGCGUCAUUAAGUCCUCAUCUUCUUCCUCUUCCAAUUCCUUGUCCUCCUCCACCAGCCCCAACACCACGACCACCACGACCACCACGACCACCACCACUAGCAGCAGCAACAGCAAUAACAGUAUGAACGGCAGCUGCAGCCCAGAGCUGCAGACGCCGCUGCCUCUCCACUGCACAGCUAAUGAAAGUCCAGAGCCCGCACCGCUUGGCGGCCUAUAGGCUGGCCUGGCAGCUAGUCGGCUGGCAGAAGGGAGAGGUGCAUGGCUGUGAGGGGUGGAGGAACCCUUUUUAUGAACUCCCUGCCACGUGGGCCUUUCUUACUAAUUUAUGUCAAGGACCAGGUAUUACUAACAGGACCACAGUGGCUCGGGCAAUGGCGGAGACCCCUUCUAUACAUAUACUCUCUGCCUCCUUUGUGUGACUCUCACUAUCCCGGGCCUUUCUCUUUAUGCUAAGAGGGACUCUCAGAUACUGAUUGAUACCCCUCCCUCCAACAUGAUCCGACACUUACUCGAACCAAACAAACCUUUAAAUUUUUUUUUUUGGGGGGGAGUGGAGGAGGGAGGUGGGAAGAAACAGUGUGAAGUGUUUGACAUAACUGUCUCUCCCCACCUCCCCCCUAGUGGUCGCGUUGCUUUCUGUAUUCUGGCCCAGGACUUGCUGCACUGGGAGCGACUCAGUCCUGUAAAUAAAAAUGUUUAUUACGGUUUGUAAAGCCA